CACCAGUUCAUCUUAUCUGAAUAAACUCCGUAUUGUCAUGUUCAUCCUGAAUUUCUUCCGAGCGGCAAGCGUCGGUUUGGCUUUCUUGCCCAUUAUAAUUAUACUCCAUUCCGGUCAGGUUGCCCUUGUUGAUGGUGAACAGGCAGUCAACUGCAUGCCGCACUUCGAUAGUGUAGACGGCAGCCCGGACGUUUCCUGCUGGGUGGACAGUCACACAAAGCUCACGUGCCCGAGAGCUUCCUGCAACUCACGUCUGCAUCCGGAGCGCCCCUACGGUCAAAUCGUAUAUAACGGCUGUCAGAAUGGCGAUGCUCACAAGGACCAGCAACAGGUCAUUCCACGCAACUAUCACCAUUACCCUACCGGCGACAACAAAUGGUAUCCUGGUCAGAAGGGAUUUGUUGCUGCCUUUGACGAUCGCACUCAGCUUUGGUACAACUGCGCAUAUGAUUUCAGCAAUGAAAACAAGGACACCUAUAAGAAGCCAGAAUUAUGA